UAUGGCUCUGACUUAUUCUCUCAAAUCUUGAAAGACGGUGUUUACUUCCAAGGAGUCCUUCUAGCUUGUGUAAUGAAUUAAUUGAGCUUAAUUGCUCUUUACACAUUUGAUUUGCUUUCGGUUUGUUGAGAACCGAAUGUUAUACCAAUAUGUCUGUUAAAUGGCAUUAAUUUUAUUGGGCAGGUUAUUGGAAGAAAAUACUGUUACUUCUUGGAAAUUUAGUUAUUAGCAAAAAAUUAAUUUGUAGAUUUUUACUCUCCAAAUAAAUGAUUUUCGUAACUUAGUGAUGUGAUAUGGUUGAGCAGACAGUACUGGAUUGGUUGGCUGAUUAUUCAUCUUUAAGUUCUAAUGAAGUUCACACAUUUGCUAGUACUGUUCAUCAGAACAGUGAAGUGAUAAGUGCUCUUUAUGCUGUCCUAGAAGAUAGGCAGAAAUAUAAUGAGCUUGUUGGGCCAGUUUGUACUACUUUAUUCGAAUUUUACCGCUCCCAAGAAGCGGAACUUAAACGAUUCACCCUAAUUUUUCUUCCGACUCUUAUAUAUGUUUAUUUAAAUGCUGUUGCUCAUGGCGAAAAAAAGAGCUGCCGAGGAGUGGAAGCUUUAUUAUUAGGCUUAUAUAAUCUUGAAGCUGUAGAUGAGAAUUGCCAAGCUCAAAAUGUAUCAUUUCGUCUUCCAUCACUGGCCCAGUCUUCUAUUUAUCAUGAGCCGAUGAGCCUUGCGCCAGCAUCGCUUACUGAAAGUGCGUUGAGAAGGCUCGAAGAAUGUAACACAAAGCUUGUGAAAUGGGGCCCGUUCAGUCAACUGGAGAAAAUUCUGUCUCAAAACAGAGCUUCAGUGAUGACUGCAUUGCUUUUUAUCUAUAACCAGCAUAUUAGCUCUUUACAGAAACAUUGCAUGGAUCAACUUUGCAAAGUUACUUCAAAGCUUGUAACGCAGGGAUUUAACAAACCUGGAAAACGUAUGUCUUACAGCAAUGAUGUACCAAGAGUUCUUCCGAGAAUUCCUGUUAGCCCUAAAUUUCUUUUAGAAAUUCUUCAUAGCUUGUAUUAUUCCAUCUUUAAUGGAGAUAGUGGUCUCGCACUUCAGGCUGUAGACGACGUUCACAACCGAGCUAGUUACCAGGGUUAUACCGAAGUUCUUUUAGUUACCAGUGCCAUCAAGAAUUCAACAUCACAUGCUUAUUCAGGACAAUUGACUGACAAUCCUAUGGGUAUAAGUUUGGCUAUUUCACCUCAAACAACUUCUACAGUUGUGUCCAAAUCAAUCAUUACCAACGCUUCUUUUAGAACUAAAAAACUACCAGAUGAUAUUCCUAUCCAAAUCAGUAGAGGACCUGAUGGUGAAAAUGCUCUUGGUUCCAUUUCCGAAGAAAAAGAAGAAACUGGUAAUGGGGUUGGUAAAGAAGGAACUGUUACUGGAAAAGAUGUUGGCGGUGAAGCACCACCACGUAGAUCUUUACCAAAGAUGGCAGUUUCUUUUGGUAAGAAAACUCGUGAGAGACUUAAGACGACAAAGUCACGCCUUGUGAAUGGAGGUGAAGACCAACAACAGCAGCCUGGAGAAGAACUUAUUACUGACACUGUUGGGGCAACAGAUGAAAUUAUAGAACAAGUCAGAACCAUGCAAGUCAGCUCAGUUUAGCUGUGGUAAGCGAAUACUCUGAUGAUGCUUCAAGAAUAAUUCAAAGUCCUAAUAUUAGGUUUGUUUACAUGUAGUGUUCAUAAAAAAAAAAAAAAUUCCCCCCUUUCUGGUCUGUGUGGUUAUAUUUUUGUUCUUUGAUAUUAUCAUCAGGUAAUCAUCGGUUUCUUGUUACUUCUCUUAAUUCCAUUAAUUAGUACUUGAUUCAGAUAUAAAUGUUUUACUCUUAGAUAUAUAUCAAGGGCCUAAUUUAAAAAAAGUUAAAAAAUAAUUUAAAAAAAAGAGGGAUAUAUUAACAAUGCAUCAAGGUUUAAAGAUAGGUUAAUUAUACGAUCAAAUAGUUUACUAACUUUCUUGGUAUAAAAAUGUGAAGCGUUAUCUUAAAAUAAGCAUUUAUUUAUGUAAUAUGUUUUUGUUUACAUUUUUUAUAUUUUGAAAUAUUGAGUUUUUGACAUGUGUAAUGUAGAUUACAUACUGACUGCUCCUGGUUUGCUUUCAGAGAUAUUAUUUAUACAAAAUUAAUGAAUUUUAAACAGGAUAAAAAAAAUCAUCAUUUUCAAAAAUUUUUUGAAUAACGUUAAUGUUUAAU